AAAGUGGGGUGGAGAGAGGAGGACCUGGGCAGCUUGACUCUUCAGGUUAAAAAGCCACGAAACAGACCAGGCUCAGUCUAGAUCAUUUCUUCUCUGCUCCUCUACAGCUCCAAUUCUAAUCAACCAUGGCCAGUUUGCUGAGCCCCUCACUGCCCCUGUUGGCUGCUCUGGCCCUGACACUGGCCCUGGCUGUGAUCCCUGCAGCCAGUACUAAUGCUGAAGCCGAGCAGGUGGCAGUAGGUGGAGUGGAGCCAGCUGACCCUAAGGAUGAGGAGGUGCAGAAAGUGGUAAACUUUGCUGUUAAAACCUACAAUGAUAUGAACAAUGACCUGAACCUUAGCAAGUCAAUACGAGUGAUGAGCGCCAGCCAGCAGGUUGUGGCUGGGAAGAACUUCUACUUGAAAAUUGAGCUAGGCCGAACCACAUGUACCAAAGCCCAGUCUGAUUUGGCUGACUGUCCCUUCAUGGAACAGGCAGAUCAGCAAAAGAGGGUCAUCUGUAAUUUCCAGAUCAACGUUGUACCUUGGCUGAACAAGAUGUCCAUGACAAACUUCAACUGUUACAAUGCCUAAGAAUCUAUGUCAAGCUACAUUUCUGCUGAUUAUCUCUUACUCUUAUCGAAUCUUCUACUUAAGUUCUCCUUUUCUCAGGCCUCAGAUCUUAGUCACAGAGGAUGUCUCUUGAGAGUGCUAGCAACAAGAGAAAGAUAGAGACAAGCUCUGGACACCUAAGUAGUGAUUCCCUUGUUUCUUUGUUUUACUUGCUUUUCAUAAAUAACUGUGGAGCCUACUGUUUAUCCUUUGCUCAAUAAAAAAAAAAUAGCAUUAGGUC